UUUUUUUUUUCUUCUUUUUUUCCGGGUGUUUUGAUGUCUCUGGAUUUCUGGACACAGAUAUUUCAUCUCUGAAAGUGAAGUAGCUUGAUGCAAGAAAAAUAAGGAAAAUUAAGAAAUAGCUCCCAAAGCCAAAAAGGCCUUGUGCUGGGGGUUCGGGGAGCUGCUGGCCCAGGAUUCUCAUCAUGCGCGGCCUGGUGCCCACUUCACUUUUUGUGGCUGUGUUCCUCUCGUGCCACAGCGAGACAAAGCAUAGCCAUCAGAAAAGCAAGAGGCCAGAUCGAGCCGUGCCUUCGUUGGCGUGCGACAUACGGGCCGGGAAGAUCAGCCACACAGAAUUCAUCGCCAGGUGUCCCGCAAACUGCACGCAAACCAAGCAGCCGGUGUAUGGCACGGACGUCUACGCUUCCAUCUCCAGCGUCUGCAACGCGGCCAUCCAUGGUGGGAUCAUUACUGACGCCGGGGGGAAGGUGAUUGUGAGGAAGAUGGUGGGGCAGGACUUCUACAAGGGCAGCUUCUCCAACGGCGUGCGAUCAUUAUCCCUUCCAAAGUGGAGGGAGUCCUUUACCAUAACGGCAGGGAAGUCAAAGAAAGGUGUCCUCUAUCCACAUACUCUACACUACAUUUCAGCACAUUCCACAGCAGUCAAAACAGCUCAGGUAUUAAAGAACCAAUCAAAGGGUCAUCAGCUCACCACUGCCCAGCCAAUGAGGACAUCAGCAGCGCUAAGCAGCACUGCAUCAGAAUCCAGCACCACUCCAACCUCAACCAACACUCCAACCUCCAAGCCCCGUCUCAUGGACCACAGACACAGGGUCGCAGGUAUGCCUCAAGUGGGAGCACAAAGGAUUGAUUUGGAUCAAGUGCUCAGAGACUUCCCCACCUACACACAUAAAUUCUCAGUCCAGCCCAAUGAGGGCGUGCACCGGCCAGACCCCAGGGCGACUUUCUGGAGGCCACUGGGAACAGCCCAUGUCUCAGCUUUCCCGGGGAGAGAUCGGCCUCCCGCUGCCUACCCACACUCUGACUGGCAGGCCUGGUCUAGACAGACAUCAGAUGCCAUUCACCCCGUUCCUGAGUCUUCGUACACAUGGAAAGGAGCCAGGAUGCUGGAGAGAGAUGGCUUCACAGAACAACAGCAAGCCCUACUCCCCAAAGAUCCAGAGCCCGGUCCUUCAGGAGACCCAAACUGCAAAGUGGACAUCGCCUUUCUGAUGGAUGGCAGCUGGAGCAUUGGGAGACGUCGCUUUCGGAUCCAGAAGGACUUCCUGGCCAAAGUGGCAGAGACCAUUGACGUUGGGGCUUCUGGACCCUUGAUGGGUAUCAUCCAGUUUGGAGAUAACCCUGAGACUGAGUUUGACCUGAAGGCGUACACCAGCUCGAGAGAUCUGUCUGCCGCCAUCGAGAACAUCAGCCAGAAGGGCGGAGCGUCUAAUGUAGGAAAGGCUCUAUCCUACCUCAGCGGCCACUUCUUCACGGACGCUGGUGGAAACCGGGGCAGGGCGCCCAACGUGGCCGUGGUGCUACUAGAUGGGUGGCCCACAGAUAAGGUGGAGGAGGCAUCCCGGCAAGCCAGAGAGUCCGGCAUCAACAUCUUUUUUGUCACCAUCGAGAGUCCCACUGAAUACGAAAAAGAAAAUGUUCUGGAGGCCAACUUUAUGGACAAGGCAGUUUGCCGCACGAACAGCUUUUUCUCCCUGCCCAUCUUCAGUUGGUUUGAUCUAGGGGACGCGGUCCAGCCACUGGCCAGGCGACUGUGUGACACGGACCAAUUGGUAUGCAGCAAGACAUGCCUGAAUGCCAACGACAUCGCCUUCAUCAUUGACGGCUCCAGCAGCAUCGGCACAGGCAACUUUCGCACCAUGCUGCAGUUCGUGGCCAACGUGACGCGCGAGUUUGAGAUCUCGGACACGGACACGCGCGUGGGCGCCGUGCAGUACACCUACGAGCAGCGCCUGGAGUUCAGCUUCAGGCAGCAUAGCACCAAGCCCGCGGUUCUGGCCGCCAUCGAGGGCAUCAGCUACUGGAGUGGUGGCACCAGCACUGGAGCUGCCAUUGCUUACGCCGCCGAGCAGCUCUUCAGCCAGUCCAAGCCCAGCAAGCGAAAGGUCAUGAUCGUCAUCACUGACGGGCGCUCCUACGAUGAUGUCAGGGCUCCGGCCUUGGCCAUCCAACGCCAAGGUGUGAUCGCUUACUCCAUUGGCAUUGCUUGGGCGGUUCAAGAGGAACUAGAGUACAUUGCGUCAGACCCCGACAUGGAGCAUUCCUUCUUUGUAGAUGACUUUGACAACCUCCACAAGUUUGUACCAAAGAUAAUUUCUAAUAUAUGCCAGGAGUUCAACCAACAGCCAAGAAACUGAGAGGGGGAAUGGGGGAUGUUUGGGACAGCCCAGGGUCAACAGCCUUGAUGGAUGGCGCCAGUCUAUCGUCACAGGAGGUCGAUCUACUUGAAUGAUCUUUGCUAAGAUACCAGUAGACCCUUUGUACUCAAUCAGCAAAUUCAUCCCAUUUCAGCAGCUAAAUGUUAAUGCUAUACAAGGAAUUUGCACUGGAAAAUAUUAUUAUCCCCUAUGUCUAUGUUUUAUGACCCAGCUGAUAAGGGGGAUAUUGAAAAAUAAUAAAAAUAUCCUGGGUAUUUAUAAAAUAGGCACAAAAUUUUUAUAUAAGAAUAUUGUGUUUCCUGCAGGAGGUGAGAGAUAAUUUUGCUUGGACGUCACAAAUGGUGUCAUUUCAGACCCAUUUCAUAACAAGCUUGUCACUAAGGGUCUGUUUUUGUAAAUCUGUGUGACAAGCACUCCGUCCACAUGACUGUAGAGUUCAUCUUUUCAGGACAAGGGAGAGCAUAGUCCUUCGAUUCUGGAAUACGAUCACCUAGCAGUAAAAACACGUAGCACAUGUGCUGACUGUGAGGGAAUGGGAUGAAUAGAGAGAAGCAAUGGCAAGGUACAGCCCCCCCCCCUCCAUUUUCUUGUAUGUUAUUUAUGCAACUGCCACAGUUGCACGUUUUCCAGACAUGUUGAUGUUGAACCUGUGAUCAGAAGGUUGCUGGUUCUAGACCCGCCUCAGCCCGACUGCUUGCUCCUUGAGCAAGGCCCUUAACCCCUCUGGGUGCUGCUAUGGGCAGCUGCCCCUCAGGGCCAGGUUACUCUCACCUACAGAGAGCAAGCUGGGGGAAGCAAAAAGAGAAAUUCCCCAUGGGGAUCAAUAAAGUAUCGAUGAUGAUGAUUAGUUUCCUGUGAUGUAAGGUAUAAAAUGAUGUGUGCAAUGAAAGUAUAA